AUGGCGGAAUCACCUAUCCACGAUGCGGUCAUGCCGCCGUCUUUAUUCCUUGCAGAUCGCUCCCCAAAACACAAUUCAAGCGAUGAUAUACAAUGUGACCCGUCGAAGCGCUUUGGUCGCGAAGUGCCAAAAAGGGCUCGCCAACUACCCCUCCUAGCAUACUCCAUUCUAACUUUCUCAUCACGUCAUCAGGUCAUGAUCACUGGUAUUGACGAUGAAAGUAGCGAAGAGUAUCAUAGCCAUGCGCUGCGCAUUUUGAUCCCCAUUCUUGAUGACCCUAUGUCUUCUCUGGACGAAAACCUUUUAGCAGCAGCAGUCCUGCUACGUUUAUACGAGGAAAUGUGUGAUGUUGAUACUGGAACCCAUCUCGUUGGAUGCGCGCAGCUAUGGAAUAACAUCCCCGACUUCAUAGCUGAAAGCGGUCUGAGCGAAGCGGCCAGCUGGAUUCUGCUCAGACAGAACCUGCACAUAUCUCUGAUCAAAGGCGAACCGAUGCAAGUAGAUCUGAACAAAUACAGACGUUCGAUAUCAUUUAUAGACACGACUGAUGAGGACUUUGCCAAUCGGAUUAUUCUACUCUGCUGCCAGGUAUUGGAGACUUGUUUUGGCCCAGGCGCACAGCCCGACUACGAAACGUGGGCGCAUCUCGGUAAAGAAGUUGCGCUAUGGCAUGAUUCAAUACCAGCGCACUAUCAUCCUUACCACUCUGGCAGGGAAAAUACUUCUGCUGGAUUUAAGUCGGCUUUUCCUGUAGUAUGGAUGAUGAAUCCUGCUCAAGUUAUGGGAUAUCAGCACUACUGUCUAGCUCGCAUUCUGCUACAUAUCUCUGAGCCCAGACAAUGGGUGUCCAGUUUGAGAACCAUCGAGCAUCGGGUAGCUGCAGAUAAAGCGGCUUUGAAUGACCUUCAUAUCGCAGUCGGUCUCGGCAUCCACAAUCCUUCUGUAGUUGGUGCUGGAUUUACCGUCCAUCAUAUGCUUUUCGCUUGUAUUGGUGCAGGCCUAGCUGAUCUGGAGUUGCUGGAGCACUGGCACCGAUAUCCUGUGACGGGCGACAUGACCGAGACUACAAGGCAGCUGCAACACGACCUUGUUCGCUUGGGCUUCUCUCACCACUAUUUGCUGAAUAGUAUUCUGGGCCUCACCGCCCUUCAGCUCUACAGUGAAGAUCGCUCUCAGUCCAAAUGGUACGUCAGAGCGGUUGCGCAUCAACAAACUGCAAUUACUCGAGCGCGGCCGCAUUUUGAAUCCUUAACUCAGGCGCAUGAACAAGCUCUGCUGGGGUUUUCCGCUUUCAUGUCAAUGUAUGCCGUAGCGGAACCAAUUUAUCGCCCAAAUGGCAUAUGCUCUGAGUCACCGUUCGACCCGGUCGAGGAGCUUCUGAAAGCACUUCGCUUCAGUAGGUCUACAAUUAUGUUUGUACAGCAGAGCUUCCCCCCAGUUGUCGUCUCGGGAUCAUGGCUUCUGACCAAAUUCGUUGCCCAUCACCAAGGCACUGGGAACGAUCUUGAAACAAGAUAUCCACAGCUUGAGUUUCUACAAAGGUGCAUAAAUAGUCAGGUGGAAGGUGUUCGCAAGAAAGCAUGCCUUGAUGCCGUGAAAGCACUCUUCCGCCGCAUUGCAACGCUGUCAGACAACAUUGGCGACCCCGAGCCUGCCAAGAUAGUUUGGGGUUGGGGACUGGAGGUAAGCCAGAUCUUUCUGGAUCUGUGCUCAGCUCGCCACCCCGCAGCGCUUGUUAUUUUAGGUCACUUUGCUGUUUUGAUGAACUAUAAUCGGGAGCAUUGGUGUCUGAGUCCCUGGCCGGCUGGUUUGCUGAGCUAUAUUAUCGGCUUUCUUGGAAAUGAGUGGGAAUACAUUAUGAAAUGGCCUGCAAGUAUCGUCUUUGGGGGAAAUCUUGCUAUUGAUAGUCUUGCUACAAAAGAUUUCGGUGUUCUUUAA